CCGUCAGAUGCGGCAGGUCAGAGAACUGUCGACAACUACCCCCUGGUGUCGCUAUCUGGAAGAUUCCUUUCAGCCGUUCCUAACCGAGCAAUAUGCGUGCAUCUGGGCGACUAUUGGACUCCCACCACCCCGGGCGGCCACUCACUGUUGGGGCUUGUUUUCUGCAGUGUCUCGCGCAGUCGCCAAGCUGAGCGAUGCGGACAGCAUAAAGGAUGUGUGGAAAUCGGUCGGGGAAGACGCAGAGGCAGCAGAAGGGGGCUUGAUCAUGCGAGCAGACGCCCCGAAAGAAUGCCUGAUUGCCGUCUUUGCCGUGCUUUGCUGGGGCACCAUGAUCGUUCAGCCUAAGCUCACAUGGACUGAUACUACAGCGGCUCCCCGCCUUACAGUUCAUCAGCUGCCCGCUGACCACCAAGGCUUGAAGAUGGAUUUGUUUGGCCGGCCCAUUUCAGCGCUUUUCCAGAACUUUCAGACAGCUCUCGCUCGCCAACAACUUACAAGCACACCCGGAACGGGCGAAUCUACCGUCCUGUUGGUGUCUACCAUCAACUACCACUCUCUGCGAACUAUUGGCAAAGUGAGUCUCAAAUGGGUUGAUAACCUGAGCUGCCACUUGAGCUUUGAUGCGAGGACUCGAACCCUCUCCGUCUUUCAAUUUCCCAGCUUUUGCGCUCUCGCAGCAAUGGCAAAUAACCGGGGCGCCUUGUUUGAAACGCUGAUGCAGAUCUUGUUCUCGACCGAUGACGAAAUUGUAAAAGGGUUUGGAUGCAGCCGUCAACUCAGUCAGGAAGUUCUCAUGUCUUACCGCCUGCUGUUCGGCCAGUGCCGUGCCGCUCGUAGGCUGGGGGAGACCUUGUUGCAACAGAUGGAAGCCAAACAUGGCUACGACCAGUUGCUUGCCUGCCUGUGCACCAAACCACGCGGAGACGUGGCUAAGAAGCUGCCCGGGUCUUUCUGGCCGCUGUCAUGCCGCGAUUUCAAUGACGUCCUACAGGAAGUUGAUUCGUAUAGUUCGCGAGAUGACUUUCCCAUGCUAGGCUCUCGCCUCGCUGUCAUUCAAGAGUUUAAUCUGAGGCAGCAACCUAGCAAGUUGCGGGACUUGUGGAGGGAUCGCAGAAAUCCGCUGCAGUGGUACACGUUUUGGGCAGUGCUGGUAGUCGGUGGCCUGUCGAUUUUCCUCUCAAGCCUGCAGCUGGUCGUGGCAAUUAUCACGAUGGUAUGAAGCUAACCCUGCUUAGCUUCAUGCCUGUGGUACGACCUUUCGUAUCUGCAGGGUACAAUAUUGUCGAAAGCCAAAAGUUGACGGAUGUGGGUGCCGGCAAUUCCCGGCCUUGGUCUUGAAGAGCGUGAAAUAAAACACCCCCCACAUUCUUCCCAGUUGUAUUGAAU